AACCAUUUGGUAUCGACUAUUGAUGGAGAGACGGUUUGAGAGCGACCGACAUACAAUAAUGCCUCCAAAUUUUUUUGUUUCUCAUGCUUUGGAAGAAGCACAGGACUGGAGGGCGUUUAUGGCUGAUAUUGCUACGUACCCCAACUUCAUGGUUGCUUGGUGGGAUGUUGAUACGGUCUUAUUGCCGAUUCAUUCAUCCCCUAAUCAUUGGCUAUUUGGGGAACUACGAUUAGCGUCAAUGGAAGUGCAUAUUUAUGACAGCCUUGGUAGAGGGGCUUAUGAAAAAUUCAAAUCUGAAGGAAUCUUUUCCAAAUUUGAACGUCGGGUGGCAAAUUAUUUGGACAAGAUUAAGUAUUGGGCCCGGAGGAACAUCCCAAGGAUUCCAUUGAAUAUGCAAUUCAUUUAUGAAGAAAAUGUUCCCCAACAAAGUAGUCAUUUGGGAGAUUGCGGUGUUUUCGUUUGUAUGUUUAUGGAGCAAUUGGUUUCAGGUCAACCAAUACGUGUUCUUAUUGACCCAAAGAACGCAGCUUUAGAGUUCCGUCUACGGAUGGCAAAAAUUAUUUGGGGGUCUAGUCUUGGUCCUAUGUAGUUGGA